ACGAGGGCAAUUAUGUAAAUCUAUCUGCACAACCAUACGAACCCUAGGGUGCGCUUCCUACAUGAGUCCUCUAUAAAUUCGCAAAAACCCUAGUGCGUUCUCUGUGUUUUGCCUGCAGGCCACAAUGUCGAAGCGAGGUCGUGGAGGGUCGGCUGGAAACAAGUUCAGAAUGUCGCUGGGUCUGCCAGUCGCAGCAACUGUGAACUGUGCGGACAACACUGGCGCUAAGAAUCUCUACAUUAUUUCAGUGAAGGGGAUCAAGGGCCGGUUGAAUCGGUUGCCUUCGGCGUGUGUUGGGGACAUGGUGAUGGCUACUGUGAAGAAAGGGAAGCCUGAUCUCCGUAAGAAGGUCAUGCCCGCAGUCAUUGUUCGCCAGCGCAAGCCAUGGCGCCGAAAGGAUGGCGUCUACAUGUACUUUGAAGGUCCUUAUCAUAACUUUCUUCCCUUUCUUCGUACUUACGAAUAUUUUUUUCAUAUUUGCUGUUGUUAUCGCUGUGAAGUUCUUAUUUUUUGUUGGAUUACAUGCUAUGCGAAUUUAGUGCGAUUAUUAGCUCUAUUCUGCUGCUAAAAUUGGGUUAUGCUAUUUAUUGUUAUGGAUUUGAUGUGAGAAAUGGAUCUGCGGAAUGACAAAUGGUAUACAGGGACUUGCUGGUUAAUAUUUCAACCCCUCAAAUCUUUAAGCCCAAUUACAAGCUACGGAAACCAAGCAAAUGAUUUAAACAUGCUGGUUAAGUGCAUCUUGAUAUAUGCACUUCUCAAUAAUUAAUGGGAUGUGCUUGUAUAAUGUUCCGAUGCUAUCUAAAACCAGAUACAUUGAACUAUAUAAGUGAGAUCAUGCCUAGCGGGCUAGCUCCAAUUCAUCUGGAAUCUCGCUUUUUGCGGUUUGAUGCAUCUGUUAGUUGAAUGUAUGUGUUCUCUUUAAGAAUUGAAAUAGAGUUCAUACACUACUUAAGCAAGAAGACACAGGUCCUGAUGUUGUAAGACAUCAAAAUCAAGCAUGUAGAAAUUAAAAUUGUCAAUAUUGCAAUUUUUAAAUAAAUUCUUUGAAUGAAAUAAAGUUGAUGUGGAGAAAUCAAAUGGCUACCUUGAUGCUGUUUUCCUCUUUGCUCUUUUUUGCAGAACAAUUAUAGUUUUGGAUUUAACUGGCAAUUCAUAUCUUAUAUAUUGCUCCCAGUUUUUUACCAUGAGUGCAUGGUGUUAGUUGUGAGUUUUUGAUGGUAGGCUUAAAAUAUCUAAUUCACCAGACAUAAGUCAGGUAUCUACCUUCUUAUUCAGUGGUUGAUACAGUUACGAGUCUGGAAAAUCAAUGAUGUCCAUCGUUACAGAUGUGUUGCUGCAUUCGUUGCCCACAUCUGCUCCAUUUGGGCUCUACAUACGCCUGUCCAAACUGAAAAUUUUCUUCCUUGAAAAGACCUGUUCACCUUUGAUGGUACUUUAGCUCUCUGUAAUCUAUUUGCAAGAGGAAAAGAAUGAAAAGACCUGUUUGGAUGAGCAUACCAUGAUUUACAUGAGAAAGCACCUGAAUUUUUAUCCAAGCGCCAGAUCCUAACAUUUCCAUGAUGUAAGUGAUUAAAAGAAAGAAACUAUGUGUUUCCUACCAUGCGUUACAUGAGAAAACACUGUAUUUUUAUCCAAGCACCAGAUCCUAACAUCUCCAUGAUGUAAAUGAUUAAAAGAAACAAACUAUGUGUAUACAUGACUUAUUACUUUGGUUAAUGAAAAAGUUCAAUUCUUCUACUUGUAAAGGUUUAUUUGGCUGCUAUUUGAAUCCAGUAUUGUCUGUCAAUCUUUUACUUUUUGUGAUGCUAAUGUUUUAUAGUGAUCUUCAUAUGUUCAAUAUUCUUUUUUUUUUUGGCAUUAACCUGCAAAAUGGAGUUGUAAAUCUGUGAUUUCACAUUGAUCUUACUUCCUGUUUUGUCCGCAAAUUUCUUAAGGUUGUUUAGUUUCUGUAACUAAGGGUGCAUCUUCUGGUUUGUUCUUGUGUGAGUUUUUGGAAAAAUUCCUGGGUCAUAUUGAUUCCUAUAUUUUUUUUAAUUGUUGAGGAAUUUUUGAAUUGUUAGUUUCCAUCAUGGUCCGAUCCAUUUUGUUGGCAUAGAUUUCAUGUUUUUAUCUGCUCCAUGUAUCCAUGAAAUUCUCAUGUUCUUGAUGCAAUGCAUCAGUAUCUUCUGCUGCUUAAAAAAUUUCUAUUCACAACUGGAAAAAAGCAUUGCAUUGAUUUCUUGUUCUUAUCUGCUCCAUGUAUCCAUGAAAAGGCAUCCUUCUAAUUGUUUUGAACACACUUUAUUUUGCAUUCUCAUUGGAAACCUCCACUAAAAUGACAUUCUAUUUAAAUAUUUGUGUGGGAUAGAAAUAGUUGUAUGUGCUGGUAAAGCGGCGUCUUGAUGUGUGCAUUUCUCAUUCAUAUUGAGUUUGUACACAUAAUGAUGUGAUGCUUUCUGAAACCAGCAAUAUUAAGGUAUACAAUCGAUCAUCUGACCAAGUGGGGUUUUCCUGUUAUCCAAUCUCACUUUUGUCUAGAUCUGAUACAUUUUUUCCUAAUGUUUUUUUUUACCUCAUUCCCUUUUCCCCCUUUUUGCUUUUUUUUUUUGGGGGGGGGGGGGGGUGCAUUUAAUGUUUUGAAUUUUAAAAAUUUCGACACUGGUUCUCCAUUUUAUUUUUACUGUUGCUGGUGAUGUGGUGAGGAAGAUUAUCUUUGGGUUCCUCUUCACCUCCCAUAACCAGCUAAAUUGAAAUUCCCAACCUUACCCCUAACCGGGUGUUAACUAUAUUCAAGUAAUCAUCCCUGUCAAGUUUGGGAUAUUUCUAUUUUUGAAGUUUAGGUGUGUUGUUGCAUUGUCACAUGGAUAUAUUUUGUGUUUGUUCUAUCUAAUAUUAAACAGCCAAAUUGAUGCCAUUAUAUUGUAAAGCAUGGAUUUUGGUGGAGUGCCCUAUCUUCUAAUGAUGCUUUGCAUUUUGGAUUUUCAUGGACUUAAUAGUUGGUCGCACUUGAUAUGCUUUAUUGCAUGAAUUGUGACUGGAAAUUUUGCUGUUCUUAUUGGUUCAGAGUUUCAUAUUUAAAAUUUCUUCGUUGCAUUUGGUUAUGUAAAUAAAUUUCAUUGUUAAAUUUCUGAACCUGUCAAUUAUUGGAAUUUGCAGAUAAUGCGGGUGUUAUCGUGAAUCCUAAAGGUGAAAUGAAGGGUAUGUAAUACAUUAUAUGAUGCUUAAGUUCAUACGUUUUUCUGAAUUAACUAAAUAUAUGUCCUCCGUUUACCUGGACAUAGUUGAUAUUUCUCACUAUUUUCUGCUGUUGGUGCUUGUGGUGGUUGUAGGUUCUGCCAUAACUGGUCCAAUUGGUAAGGAGUGUGCUGAUUUAUGGCCAAGGAUUGCUAGUGCCGCUAAUGCAAUUGUCUAAGUGUAGUAGGUACGGUAUGCACAUAUAAAUUAUAGAUCACCAUUGAUGAGAAUUUCAAGGUAACUUGUUCAGACAUUUGGAUAUGGCAGGCUUCAGCUUCUGUCUGCUUGUGUUGGUCUUGAUUUUAUUUUCUUUGAUCAUGGUUGCGAUUAGAUUUUUGGAACCAUUUGAAAUAUUUAAAAAUUGUUGUACCUCUUUGUAUGGCUUUUCUUUUUCUCUAAGGGUGUUUUUUUGAGUCUGCAAA